GGACGGGGCGGGCGGAGGCCGGGCUGCUGAGGUACUUAGGGGAGGAGCCCGAGCCGUCGUUGCCGAAGGAGAGGAGCAUGUCUGCAACUCGAGCCAAGAAAGUGAAGAUGGCCACCAAAUCAUGCCCCGAGUGCGACCAACAGGUUCCUGUUGCUUGUAAAUCAUGUCCCUGUGGUUACAUAUUUAUUAGCAGAAAACUUUUAAAUGCAAAACACUCAGAGAAAUCACCAUCUUCUACAGAAAACAAGCAUGAGGCCAAGAGGAGGCGAACAGAGAGAGUUAGGAGAGAGAAGAUAAAUUCUACAGUAAAUAAAGAUUUAGAAAACAGAAAGAGGUCUCGAAGUAACAGCCAUUCAGAUCAUAUCAGACGAGGAAGAGGAAGACCUAAAAGUGCAUCUGCCAAAAAACAUGAGGAAGAAAGAGAGAAACAGGAAAAGGAAAUUGACAUCUAUGCUAACCUCUCUGAUGAAAAGGCUUUCGUGUUUUCAGUCGCCUUGGCAGAAAUAAAUAGAAAGAUUAUCAAUCAAAGACUUAUUCUCUGAUACUUGUCUGCACAAUCUGUUGAAACUUUCUUCAGGAUUACAUCAGCAAAUUGUCAAACAGUUGUGGACUCUCAGGAGCAUUCUGAUUGCAUCAAUAAGGGCCAUUGAUUUUUUUUUUUUCUCUUUCUAUCAUUUAGCCUGUGCCACACUUUGGAAACAAAGCUGUAGGCUUGGACUAUUUUGGUAUUUCCUUGUUUAUCAAGGAGAAUUGUCAGUGUUUUGUGUUGGCAUAUAAGUAAGUGUAUUUACAAAACAAAGUGCUGGAUGGUAUUAAGAGGAUAAAAAGGGGUAGGACUAACUGCUGAAGUAUGAAAACUAGGGAAAUAAAAUGUUUGAUAGUUUUCAGGUUUGCCACCAGAGAUGCAAUAUUUUAAAUACUGUCAGAAAGAUUGACUUUUAAAUAUAUAUAGUUCAGAUUUUCAGCUCUAACGGACUGCAUAUAUAUAGUUCAUUUACUUUUAAUAAAUUGGCAAUUGAUAUUUUAUUGAAUGGGGAAUUAAGAAUAUAAACUGUAAAUUUUGUCUUACAUUGAUUUUUUUUCUUGGCCAUUAUUUUUAUGACUUAAGGUAUGAGUUAUAUUUUAGGAGAUACUUUCCAGACAGUUUGGAAAUUUGGGUGCUAUAUGAAGAAAAACAUUUAAGGAUAUAUCAUACUUCAGAUAUUAACACCUCUUUUUCUUGAAUGUAAUUUAUUUAUUGGUUAAAAAAAACAAACUUUUCUGCUCUCAAGAUGGUGCCUGUUAACCUAAACAUAAAAUAUAUUUAUUAUUAUUACAUGCAAAAUAUUUCUUAGAUAGCCACUUUUAAGCAGUAAUGUUUUAUCUGAGUGGAUGUUCAUUCGUACACAUCCUGAUGAUUAUUUAAAUUGUUACUUAAUCUCCUGGAAGAAAAAAUAAAUCUUAAUAUUGAAACUAAGUAGAUUAAAUAGUGUGGUAUAAGCUUUUUGUCCUAGUGAAGUUUGUGAAAUUUAUUUCAAUUCUUAAUUUUUCUAGUGUCAAAUCUUAAGUUUUUAUAAUUGACUUAUUUUAUACUAAAUGUUUUCUAUUUGGCAAUUUAAUGACUAAUGUAUUCAAAGUUGGCAGUAACUCCCCUUCUUUUCAAUUCCUCCUCACCCAAUCUGUUUGGAAGUCCCAAGCUAACUAGGGAAGUUAGUUACCAAUUAGACCUGGUCCCUAUUAAAGAGAACUCCCCCUUUUGGGUAUAUAUGUGUAUAUACAUCCCCCCCACACAUACAUGCAUGUGCAUACUCACACACAUACAUACAUAUUUUUUAAUUAACACAAUUACGUAUUUAUGAGGCACAGGGUUAUUGGCAUAUUCAUCAUCUCAAACCUAUCAUUUCUUUGUGCUGUGAACAUUCAAAGUCCUCUCUUCUAUACAUUUUGAAAUAUAUAAUUAUUGUCAAUCAUAGUUCCCUUUCCCUUUAAACUACAGCAUUGUCAAUUUUAUUCUUCAUCUUGUAUCUCCUGUCACCCUCAAAGGUUCCUUUCUUUAAAAGAAAAAGGUCUACAUUUUUUUUUCUCUAUUUAAAUUGAUAGCCAGCAGAGGGAGCUUAUGAAGUACUCAAGAUGAACAGUAGAAUUUUCCUAAGAAUUCUUUUUCUUUUAAUAAAUAUAUAUACCUGCAGGUACUACUGCACUUAUCUUGUAUGCAUUUUAAAUAAAGGUUUCCCAAGAAUGUAA